ACACUAAUCACAAAGACAAAAACAAAAUAUUUUCUUGCUGAAGCCAUGCAACAUUUGCCAGCCACGUUGUGCCGCAAACUGGCUCGUCCAGCAUGCGAUGUGUUCAUAAACCACCGUGGCAUCGACACCAAGAGGAACAUCGCGGGGUUGCUCUACGACAGUUUGACUAGGAUGGAAGUGCGGUCGUUUUUGGACAGCAUGAACAUGAAACCUGGGGAUAGGUUGUUCGAUCACAUCGACAGGGCCAUUCUAGGGUGCAAAGUGGGUGUUACGGUGUUUUCGCCACGUUACUGCGACUCCUAUUUUUGUCUCCAUGAACUCGCUCUUCUCAUGGAGUCAAAGAAAAGGGUUGUGCCAAUCUUCUACGAUGUGAAACCUUCGCAGCUUGUGGUCAAGGACAACGGAACUUGUCCCUCUAAACACCUUCAGAGAUUCUCUUUGGCACUCGAGGAAGCUAAAUACACUGUUGGAUUGACCUUUGAUUCUUUGAAAGGGGACUGGUCGGAGAUAUUAAGGGAUGCUUCAGAUGCAGUGAUGAUGAACUUGCUGGAGGUAGAAGAAGAGCGAAAAAAUUUGAAGAGAAAACCGUGAAUACUAUCUUUUUUUUAUAGAAUUAAUACUGAACAUUACAAUAGUAAUAAGUUCUUUUUGUUUUUUCUUUGGCCUGUAUGUGCUCUCAAAUGAGAUCCAUAUAGUCCUCUAACAUCAAUCGAUUUAUGCCCUAAAUUAAUCAGCUUAAUUGAUUGGUUUAGGCGACAACAAUUUCCAUUUAUUUUUAAUUUUUUUAACAAAUAUGUUGCAAGU